AUGGGUUCAUCCAUCACUGGACCUAGUCUCGAAGGCGGGCUUUGGGCAGGGAUUGUCAUCGCCGCGGUGAUCGUCGUUCUACGGAUCUACGCAAAGUGCUUGAUCAAAAGAUUCCGCGCCGACGAUGUCCUGAUGCUCUUGUCCCUGUUGCUUGCGAUCGCGUCGAUGGUCUUGCUUACCCUCUCCGUCAAGCAUGGAUUCGGCGGAAAUUUGGCGCUGGUGCGUGCCCACGAUCGAAUGCUAGUCUUGAAAUACGUGUCUAUCCAAAUCGCAACAGUCACCUUUAGCACUACAUCUGCCCGCACAUCCUUCAUCUUAUAUAUUUUGGGAUUGUUGGGCACCAAGAAGACCUAUCUGUUUCUGCUAUGGGCCGUAUUAUUGAUCCAGUUGGGUGGCAAUAUCGCGUCUGCGAUUCUUCCACUGUCCAUCUGUCGUGAUGCGAGUAUUCUCUGGGAUCCGACAGUCAAAACAACCUGCGGGGAUGCAUCGGUCAUCGUGCCGUUUGCUUAUUUUUCGAACUCGUUCAACUCGGCUGCCGAUCUGUUCCUGGCGGUCUUCUCCGCGUGGGUUUUUUGGAGCCUGAAUUUGAAGACGAGUAUGAAGCUUACGCUUAUCGCUCUUCUAAGCUUGGGUCUCAUUGCGAUGGUCGCCUCAGUGAUCAAGACCACAAAGUUGAAAGAUGUUCCAAGUCCAACAAACCUCGGCACCGACGGUAGUCUACAACUCAUUGCUUGGGGAUAUGUGGAGCUCAUCAUCAUUAUGAGUACGUCUUCGAUCCCAUGUCUCCGUCCGCUCAUCGUCUCCUCCAUCCGGAAGAUUUCAUCGGGCGGCAUGUCGCGUUCGUACGAACUGAGUGGCGGCAGAAGCAACAAGUUCUCCAGUCACUCCAACCAAAACGGCGGGUUGUUCUCGAGCCACUCCAACCGAAACCACGGGUUCCGCAAGACACCCGAUCCUGAGAAUGACAGUAUUGAGCGGAUCCUGAACACAUCGAAUAAUAUAAGUGCAAAUGGAGAGCAUGAGCUCUCCGAAGUACCUUAUAACCGGGGACAGGUGAUCCACAAGCAGAUCGAUAUCCAUAUUACCUCCGCAGGCUCCGAAGAUGACCAUUGA